GAAUCUCUGAUUUAUUAAAUAAUUGUAUUCAAACUGUGAUACAUAGGUCUAAUUUAGCCUACUCAUACUUGCGUUCGCAUUUGGGAUACACGUGCAGUUUAAAUUUUGAAAUCAACGACCAGUUGGGGGCAGCACAAUCGUCGCGCCUUGCGCACAAGCUGUUUGCAAGAUUACCAAAUAAUGGCAGACAAUUGUUUAAGCAAUGGCCAAAUCAGUUCAGCUGAUAACGAAAAAUUGGUUCGACCAAAGCUGCCAUUACAGACACUGCUACAACAAGCAGGUGCAGAGAAGGAUGUUUUCACCAUGAAAGAGGUGAUGUUUUACCUUGGUAAGUACAUCAUGAGGAAACAGCUCUAUGACCAGCAACAGCAGCACAUAGUCCGCUGCGGAGGGGACGAGCUCGGAGCCGUGCUGGGGGUCGACACAUUCUCAGUGAAAGAGCCACGAGUCCUGUUUGCAAUGAUCACAAAAAACCUAACUGCAGUGAAAAACCCAGACACAACAGAAACUCAAUCUUCCCUCUUACAACCCGGCAGCCAGAGUGAACCAGAAGGACGAGCAGAGGACUCGGAGUCAAAUGCAACUACCUCAUCACGCAGGAGAAGGCGAAGCAGUGACCCUGCGGAGUCCUCCACAGAGGACGAAACGAGAGAACGAAGAAAGCGCCACAAGUCUGACAGCCUCUCUCUGACUUUCGACGACAGCCUGUCAUGGUGUGUGAUUGGAGGUCUCCGCGGCAUCAGGAGGAGCAGCGAGUCAUCGGACUCCCACAGUAACACUGAAGUAGGUAUCUCUGUUAGCGACGACUCUGAUGAGAGCCUCGGUGAAGACUCAGAUUCCGAUAACUUCAGUGUGGAGUUUGAGGUGGAGUCCAUCGACUCGGACGCAUACAGCGAGAAUGACGAGGCCUCAGUGGCGGGCGAGGACGAGGUCUCAGAGAGUGCUUCCAUCCCACAGAUGAAAGUCCAGUCCAGCUGCCUGCCUCAGACGCCUGGUCUCACAACCCCCAUCUCUCUCUCCCUGUCUCUGCCUGUGCAGGUCUAUGAAGUCACCAUCUUUGGGGCUGAGGAUGAGGACUCAUUUGAUGAGGACACCGAGAUCACUGAGGCUGACUACUGGAAGUGCCCCAAGUGUGAUGAGCUGAACCCACCCCUGCCCCGCAACUGCAAUCGCUGCUGGACACUGCGCACUGAUUGGCUCCCCGAAAACGAAACUGAUAACGCAGCCGCUACCACGCCUGCUGACACUCCCGCCGAGUCAGCCUCUGAUGCCAAGCCCCUUCCCCCAAAACCCACCCUGAUGGACUCCGAGGAGGGUCUGGAUGUGCCCGAUGGCAAGCGUGCUCUGUCUGGCUCUCCCCCCGCCAAAGAGGACCCUUCGGCAGUGACCGCAUCCCUGCCGGACUCUCAGACCUCGGCCUGCUCGCAGCCCUCCACCUCCUCUGCGGUGAGCGGUAGCGUGUCCUCCAGCCAGGAUGAAGUUCUGCCAGAGCUGGAGCGCUUUAACAGCCUGGAUGCCUGUCUGCCCGCCAGCUGCCUGGAGCCCUGUGUCAUCUGCCAGAGCCGCCCCAAGAAUGGAUGCAUCGUGCACGGCCGCACCGGCCACCUCAUGGCCUGCUACACCUGCGCCAAGAAGCUCAAGAACCGCAACAAGCUGUGCCCGGUGUGUCGGGAGCCUAUCCAGUCCGUCGUGCUCACCUACGUCAGCUGAGGCUGAAGGGUUGGCUGCUCUCUCACCCACAAACUCAUCCCAGGCCUGACCUCUGUUCCUUGUUCAUAAAUUCUGGGCACAUAUAAAAAAAUAUAUAUGUAACUAUUAAUUUCGUUGUAAUAAAGUUUUAUUUAUGAGGUGCAUAGCACAUUCACCAGUUGAAUUUAAGCGAGGUAUUUUGUUCUCACGGGGUGCAUAAUGUAACAAGUAACAAAUGUAACUUUAUUUUAAAGGUGAGGUGUAUGGGCAGGGUCAGUGUGAUGGGGAAAUUAUGUAAAUUGUAAUAGGAUUUAUGUCAUUGUAAAUACUUGCAUAAAUAUUUCUAAUUUCCGAGUGACAAUACUAUAGGUUUAAUAAACAAAUUGAUUUGGCCUGAAUACACAAGGUCUUGUAUACGGUCAGUUUAAAAGUGCUAUCAAUCCAGCGCCUAAUUUGGAAUACUUUGGAUUACAAAAUCUUCUACAGCCUUCAAGACCAAGUUUCUGUUAUAAAAGCAGACACAUUUUGUGCCCAGAGUUUGUUUCAAUGUUUGUAUUGAAGGGUGAAGGGCUGGGUGCUGUAGCGUAACGGGAGUCACACGGCUCUGACAGCGCCGGCUGAAGAGCACUCUGUGAUUAGCGUUGCUGUGUGUUUUAGGCCAAGCUGCAUUUGUCGCCUAGAGAGUGCCCAGGGUUACUAGGAGCCCACUUUUCAUUAAGUCUCAGGAUACAUGCCUCGGCCUGUUCUGUCUGGACCCCCCUCGUAGCAACACACACAUGCACACAACCGAAGGCACACACACACAAACAAGAUGUUAUUGCUACUAUCCAAAAUCCUUUUCUCUUUGAGAAUACACUGAGCACUUUAGCUGUAGAGUUUCUGGAGAGAGCAGGUGUAGCAGAAUGCUUGUAUGAAGGAGAUGGCUUUUUUUUCUCUUUAUGGCUUUGACACAAAUUUUGGUGGUGUUUUUUUUUUAUUGGUGUGGUGUGGGUAUUAUGGUAAUAUUUCCAUGGGAUAUACAGGUGAUUUGAAUCACAACAUUGUAAAAAUAUGUUUCUUUAAGACAAACAAUUUUUAGUUUUUUGUUUAAGUUCAUUUAGUUUUCAGGUAAUUUACUUAAGGUAUUCUGAUACAAUGGGGGGGGAAUACUUUCAAAGAUGACCCUAAGAACCCUCUUUAUUCACAUCAUUGGGAAUUGUUGGGCUGGUUUGUAGGUUGAGGUUUUAAAAUAGUUUCAAAUUUGACAUUUAGUUUGGUUAUUGCUUUGUUUUGUGUGCUUCGCUCUGUUGGCAUUGCAUCUGAUUACCAUAAAUAUCUCCAUUUACUGAAUGUAGCUAUGUAGAGGAAACUCAAAGUCUGUAAACAAGCACUGAAGCUUUUCUUUCACUCUGCAUAGUAAAGUGACUUAUUGUUCAAAUUGUCAUUGCUAAGCUUUUCUAGCUUUCACACAGAAAUGUGUGUGCUGUUUUCUUUUUUUAUAACUUUUUUUUUUUUUUUUAAGAUGACCCAAAUAAUAAAAAAAAUGGCAUUUAGAAUCUGCUGAACUACGCUCGAGGGCAACAAGCCUGCCUGUCUCACCCGAAAUAUCUUGAGAGAAAAAAAUCUUUUCAAAGAUGUUUAUGAA